AUUCCGUAAAUAUGCUGUGACAACUUUUAUUGCUUUUGUUCCUUAUUUAAUUUUGUGUUUUGUGUGUUUGGUAAUGAAGUGAUUGUAUAGAUAAAGUGUUAUAAUUAAUGUAGUCGAAAUGUCAAGGCAUUCAAAAAGUCAUUUUAAAGUCGAUAGCGGAACCACGGUGGAAGUGAAAAGCAAGUUUGACUCAGACUUUCGGAGGUUCUCAUUGUCAAGGGGGACUUGUAUGAAGUAUGAAGAGUUCCACGGACUGUUGGAGAAGCUGCAUAAACUGAUAGACGUUGUGUUCCUCAUCUCCUACACAGACCCUCGGGACGGAGACUUGCUGCCGAUCAACAAUGAUGACAACCUGGCCAGAGCGCUGCAGAACGCUAGGCCUCUACUCAGAAUCAUUAUACAAAGGAAAGGUGACAGCUUAGAAGAUGUCAUUGGCUAUGGAACGUUCAAACACAAGAACCUCAUAUCUUCAAUACUAGGAGGAACACCUGGCAAAGGGAAAGCUUUGUGUAUCUCAAAUCCUCAUGACUUUAGACAGGUAUCGUCCAUCAUAGACGUAGACAUAGUGCCAGACACACAGAGGAGGGUGAGGUUACUCAAGCAUGGCUCAGAUCGGCCACUUGGUUUCUACAUCAGGGACGGCACCAGCGUACGAGUCACUCCCUCUGGACUGGAGAAGGUGCCGGGUAUAUUCAUCUCCAGGCUGGUACCUGGGGGCUUAGCAGAGAGCACGGGACUUCUGGCUGUCAAUGAUGAAGUGAUAGAGGUCAACGGCAUCGAGGUCGCAGGCAAAACUCUGGAUCAGGUGACGGACAUGAUGGUGGCGAACAGCUGGAACCUUAUAAUCACGGUGAAGCCAGCGAAUCAGCGGACAGUUGCGCCACGACGAGGCUCGUUCAGCCGCAACUCUCAACUUUCGUCAGGGUCGCAACAAUCGGCGCAGUCCGCUACGACCACGGGCUCUGACGACGAUACGUACGACCGUGACGAGGUGGUCGACCUCAUGAGUGCGGAAACACCCACAGUACUGCAUCUGUAGUCAUGGCAACAUGUGUCAUGGUGACGAGUGUUAGGGCGGAGAGUGGACGAGUCAGGGUAGUGGAAAUAUUAACUGGUAGAAUUCACCAAUUUGUGCUUAAAACACUUGAAUGUGUUCAACAGAAGGAACACAUUAUUCAUAGUUCAUUUGAUAAAAAAAGGUUUUAGUAAAAAUGUCUUGAAAAAUCAUACCUGGUUUUGCUCAAAGGAUCAAGGGCAAUAUACCUUCAUGGUACCAAACUUCUAUGAUUCUGUGUAAAUUUUUGCUUUCAGCUUUUUGAUGUCAAAAUUGUUUUUAAUUUUCAAAAUUCUACCAUAUUAAUUAUGGUUUCCUAAAUCACAAAUCUCAAUAUACAAAGUUUAUAAAGCUUUGAUUGACACACUCUAUACACAGGCUUGAGGUCGCCAAGUUAUUUUAAAAAUAUGUAAUAAUUUAUAUUUGGUUUAAAGCCAUAUCUCUUAGUGCAAUUAUUAAACGAUUCACAAAACAAUUUAAAAAAAAUCUUGAUACAAGCGAAGAAGUUUAAGACGAGUAUACCUGUUGUCUCAUAUUCGACAACAGAUUUCAACCGAGGUAGUCUUGUGUCUCGUCCACUCUCCCGAUCAACACAGUCGCCAUGUUAGUGACCAAGACACUACUUAACCAAGCUACUUAGUGGUUUAUGAAACCAGAGACUAUAUAUAAAACCGUCCAGACCCAGUAUUUUGCACAUCCUAUCCUUUGUGCACAAACUCUAGUUCACCUGUGCAGACUUAUUGAUAUUAUUUUAUUCCACAAUAAUCGUUAUUUUUUACUGAUGAAUCGUCUGAUAUCGCUAAGUCGUGUUGGACUCGUGUUUUGAUAUGUACCCUGUGAGAAUGGAUUGUCCCCGUACCUAUUGCGUUUAGACUUAGGUCGAUAAGUUAAGAUGUUCUUAUUUUCAUAUUUUUGUAUUACUUAACUAACUUUCUCACAUAGUUUCAGAAAUUUUGAUAGGAGUUGUAGGCUAAACUGUUAGUUUCAGAGAUUUUUUAAAGCAUAUAAAAAAAAUUUUGAAUCGGAAGCAGUUGGGAUUUCUAUCAAAUAAAGUUUUGUUCAAUGCUUAUAUUUUAGGAGGCAAUCUUAUCUUUUAAAAACAUGAUAUAAUGUUUCUAAAAUGAAUGCAAAACAGAGUUGAAGUAUUGAUUGAGCCAAUCAAAUUGAAUACAAAUUUUUCCCUCUUAAAUUGCAAAAUACAUUUUCCCUCUUAUCUUGUACACAUUUUAAAAAAAAUACUCAAUAUUAAAUCCUUUACUACUAGUUUAU